CCUGCCGCAGCCUAGCGGAGCAGCCCCCGCGACUGGGGGCCCCACUUGGCCAGCGCCCGCUCCCCGGCUCGGCCUGGGGUGGUCUCUAGGGGCGCAGUUCUGCACGUCCGCGAGGCUGGACGCAACAGGCUCCAGGAAAGGAGACAUCAGCAUUUGGCACGAUGCUGUCAUCCAGUGACUUUGCAUCUGCUUCCUGGGAGCUCGUGGUCCACGUUGACCAUCCCGACAUAGAGGAGCAGAAGGACAUCACGCUGAGAGUGUCCGGAGACCUGCACGUUGGGGGGGUGAUGCUCAAGUUAGUAGAACAGAUCAACAUAUCCCAGGACUGGUCAGACUUUGCUCUUUGGUGGGAACAGAAGCACUGCUGGCUUCUGAAAACCCACUGGACCCUGGACAAGUAUGGGGUCCAGGCAGAUGCAAAGCUUCUCUUCACCCCUCAGCAUAAAAUGCUUCGCCUUCGCCUGCCGAACGUGAAGACGGUGAGAUUGCGAGUCAGCUUCUCGGCUGUGGUUUUCAAAGCUGUCAGUGAUAUCUGCAAAACCCUGAAUAUUAGAAGAUCAGAAGAACUUUCCUUAUUAAAGCCUUCUGGUGACUAUUUUAAGAAGAAGAAGAAAAAAGACAAAAAUAAUAAGGAACCCAUAACUGAAGAUAUUCUAAACCUGGAGUGUUCUCCAACGGUUGCAGGUCCACCAGUAAGUCCUGGCUUGUACAGUAAAACCAUGACUCCUAUAUACGACCCCAUCAAUGGAACGCCAGCGUCAUCCACUAUGACUUGGUUCAGUGACAGCCCUUUGACGGAACAGAACUGCAGCGUCCUCGCAUUUAGCCAGCCUCCCCAGUCGCCAGAGGCGCUUGCUGAUAUGUACCAGCCUCGGUCUCUGGUUGAUAAAGCCAAGCUUAAUGCAGGUUGGCUGGAUUCCUCACGCUCCCUUAUGGAACAAGGCAUCCAAGAGGAUGAGCAAGUGCUGUUACGAUUUAAAUACUACACUUUCUUUGACUUGAAUCCUAAAUAUGAUGCUGUCCGGAUAAACCAACUCUAUGAACAAGCCAGGUGGGCCAUUCUCUUAGAAGAAAUCGACUGCACAGAGGAAGAAAUGUUGAUCUUUGCAGCACUACAGUAUCACAUUAGCAAACUGUCGCUGUCCGCUGAAAUACAGGAUUUUACCAAUGAGUCCGAGGUCGAUGAAGUGGAAGCAGCGCUUUCUAAUUUGGAAGUGACUCUAGAAGGUGGAAAAGCAGACAACACGUUGGAGGACAUUACUGAUAUCCCUAAGCUUGCAGAUAACCUCAGGUUAUUUAGGCCCAAGAAGUUAAUGUUAAAAACAUUCAAACAAUAUUGGUUUGUCUUUAAAGACACGUCUAUAGCCUACUUUAAAAAUAAGGAACUUGAACAAGGAGAACCAGUAGAAAAACUAAAUCUUAGAGGCUGUGAAGUUGUGCCAGAUGUAAAUGUAGCAGGGAGAAAAUUUGGAAUCAAGUUACUAAUCCCUGUUGCUGAUGGCAUGAACGAAGUGUAUUUGAGAUGCGACCAUGAGAAUCAAUAUGCCCGGUGGAUGGCUGCCUGCAUCUUGGCAUCGAAGGGCAAAACCAUGGCAGACAGCUCCUACCAGCCCGAGGUCCUCAACAUCCUUUCAUUUCUGAGGAUGAAAAACAGGAACUCGACAUCUCAGGUGACUUCAAGUCUCGAAAACAUGGACAUGAACCCGGAAUGUUUUGUGUCACCUCGAUGUGCAAAAAAACACAAGUCUAAACAGCUGGCAGCCCGGAUCCUGGAAGCCCACCAGAACGUGGCCCAGAUGCCCCUGGUCGAAGCCAAGCUGCGGUUCAUCCAGGCGUGGCAGUCCCUACCUGAAUUCGGCCUCACCUACUACCUUGUCAGAUUUAAAGGAAGCAAGAAAGAUGACAUCCUGGGAGUCUCCUAUAAUAGGUUGAUUAGAAUCGAUGCAGCCACAGGGAUUCCAAUUACAACAUGGAGAUUCACAAACAUGAAACAGUGGAAUGUCAAUUGGGAAAUCCGGCAGGUGGCCAUCGAGUUCGACCAAAACGUCUCCAUUGCAUUCACCUGCCUGAGCGCGGAUUGCAAGAUCGUGCACGAGUACAUCGGCGGCUACAUUUUCUUGUCCACCCGCUCCAAGGACCAGAACGAAACGCUGGAUGAGGACCUGUUCCACAAAUUGACCGGCGGUCAGGAUUGA